AUGCAAAUUCAACCGGUGGUUAAGGACAUGAAAGAAGAGAAAGAGUUGCCUAAUCUAAAUUGUCAUAGUUGCCAAAAAAAAUUUGCCAAAGAAAAAGAUAAAUAUAUUUUUUAUUCUUAUAAAGGAUGGGAAGAAAAAUUUUGUUCAAGCGAACAUUUAAAAGAUGGAUUUAAAAUUGGAAAAUUCUCUAGCGAAAAAAAGUCUUUUUCGGCCAAGGAAUUAAAAGCUUUGUUAACCCAAACCCAAAAACAGUUACAAGAGUUAGAAUUAACAAAUCAGGAGCCAACUGGGGACUCCGAAAAACCCAUUAAUAAGAGUAAAAAAACUGAGAAAAAGUUGGAAUUGCUUCUAGAAGUCUUAGAAGUGGAAGAAGAACAAAUAACCAUCAGUUUUCGUUGCGAACAGGAACAAAAAAUCGAAUUUUGUCAUUUGCCAAAAAUGAACCCGCAAGGAAAUUUCAUUAUUAACGGUCAUGACAAGAUAGUAGUUUUUCAUGCUAAAAAGGCUCAGGCCAUUGAAUUAAAAUUUCUUAAUUCGGGCCUGGUGGUCGACUGGCUAGAUGUCUUAAAAACUUUUGCCGUUUCUCCUGAACUUCUUCGAAUCCUAUUUGACGAGGAAGAUCUAAACCUAGACAAUUACUCCGAAGCCCAAGAGUUAGAAAUCGGAGCAGGCCGAACCGGUUUGCCACACUUUUUAUUUACUAGUAGCAAAGGCAAUUCUUAUUUUAAUAUCGGAAAGUUGGGACGCCGAAGAUAUAACCAAAGAAUAGAUAUUAUUCAACAAUUAAAAGAUCAAAAAUUAGCAGAGGACUUGCUGGAUAAAAACGGGCAAGUGGUUCUAAAAAAAAACGCUAUUUUUAGUGAAAAAAAUUUGGAAAAAUUAGCGAAUGCUCUCCAAAAGAAAAAAAUGAAUAGUUUUUCUGUUCCACACUCGACUAAUGACUUAUAUAUUGUUAAAAUAAAAUCUCCGCGUCAGCCGGAAAAAGUUAUCUCAGUGAUAGGAAUCAGCGAAAAAUUGCCGGAGGAAAAAACCUUUUUUUGA